AAAAUGUCCGGUUUACAAAUUAGGGAUUUGACAGAAACUUUUGAGAGCAAAAAGGUGAUCCAAAGAUGUCGUACUUGCUACCACACCUGCACUCAGGAUGGGCUGUAGAUCAGGCCAUCCUGGCCGAGGAAGAGCGUCUCGUCGUCAUCCGAUUUGGCCACGACUGGGAUGAAACCUGCAUGCAGAUGGAUGAGGUGCUUGCUUCGGUUGCUGAAACGAUAAAAAAUUUUGCCGUGAUUUAUCUUGUGGACAUAACAGAAGUGCCUGAUUUUAACACAAUGUAUGAGCUGUACGAUCCAUCCACGGUCAUGUUCUUCUUCAGAAACAAACACAUUAUGAUUGACCUUGGCACUGGAAAUAACAACAAGAUUAACUGGGCUCUGAAGGACAAGCAGGAGUUUAUAGACAUUGUUGAGACUGUGUACCGUGGGGCAAGGAAGGGUCGUGGUCUGGUAAUUGCUCCAAAAGAUUACUCUACUAAGUACCGCUACUGAAUAUUCUUGCGAGCUGUAGGUGAUCAGGAAGAUUUAUGGUCAUCUUUUGCAAAUUUGAUGCAGUACUAUUUCAUUUUAAACUGUUUAGAUGUGAAUGCAAUUGCAAUGCUUGUAUGAAUGUGGAGGAUACUUGACCUGAGAGUAAAAUUUGAGAGGAAAAUUUGAAACAUAUAUUUUAUGUGCUUUUUAUGCAUGUUUGCCAGUACAGCAUCUUGCACUUAAGACAUUUGAGUGUUGCACUGCUACCAAAACUAUGGUAUGUUAAAACGCAGGUUCUGUUGUUGCCGGUGAAUAUUAGGCUGAUGCAUGGUAUAAAGUUAUGUGCAUACGUGAAAAUAAGUUGGAAAUCUUAAUGGUGUGCAGUCACGUCUUUGUGCAAGCUUUCAUCAUAGCUUUUAAUGCAUGUGUGCAAUUGUCAUGUAUAAAAUAAAUAUAUGUGGUAUUAUUCGUGUCUUAUUCUGUAUAAAAUUAUUGCGUA